AUGUGUCGCUUCCUGGUAUAUAAAGGCAGCGACGAGAUUCUGCUCUCCAAGCUCAUCCUCGAUCCCACGCACUCUAUCCUUAAGCAGUCAUUCGAUUCACGGCUACGACUGGACACGCGACGAGGCCAGAACAACGCAGAUGGAUUCGGCAUCGGCUUCUACACAGACCCCAAGCUGGGCUCCGCACCAUGCCUAUUCACAUCAACGACUCCCGCAUGGAACUGCGCCAACCUCCAGCGAAUCGCUUCGAAGACUGCCUCGCGUUUGAUUUUCGCCCACGUCCGCGCCACGACUGAGGGGUCGACGAACGAGGACAACUGCCAUCCAUUCACUCAUGGCAGCCUAAUGUGGAUGCAUAAUGGCGGCCUUGGUGGCUGGAAGCACAUAAAGCGCCGGCUCGGUGGCCAGCUCGCGGACAAAUGGUACUUGGGUGUACAAGGCGGCACAGAUAGCGAGUGGGCGUUUGCCCUGUUCCUCGAUACGCUAGAACGCCUCGGCCAUAACCCCAGUGCAUGCCCGGUGACUGGCUUUGGACCGACAGUACUCCGCAAGGCUGUUGAACAGACCAUUGCCAAGAUCAACGAGCUCACCGACUCCAUACCAAAAGAAGUACUAGAGAGCGAAGACGUUGACACGCGUAGUCUGCUCAACUUUGCCGUCACAGAUGGCCACAGCACCAUCUGCACCAGAUACAUUAGCAGCGCUCGUGACGAGGCUGCUAGCUUGUACUAUUCUUCUGGAACCCGAUGGGAGACAAGGACGGGCGCAGCGGAUGACAGACAGUACCACAUGGAACGCCAGGACAAAGGCGCUGAUAUUGUCCUGGUGGCGAGUGAGCCCUUAACUUUUGAGCGAGAGAACUGGGUCAAUGUGCCGACCAACAGCAUCUUGACUAUUCACAGGCAGACGGUCAUGGUGCAUCCCAUUCUCGACAAGUACUACGAACGAGAUCCUUACCAUGUGCGCUCAAGCGCAUUUGUCCAUACGAAAGGCCUGGUAUCCAACGAGAAGGCCCCGAGCGGCUCGCUUAGUCCCAGUGUCGACGGGCCGUCGUCCAGCAUUUUCGAGAACAUCAAAAGCAUCGGUCAGCCGUCACUGUCAAGGAGCAUCAGCCCCGACUUUGCGCGUCUUGCUUUGACAUCCAACGCGAGCCGACCGCUCAUGACGCCGUACCCAAGUAAGCAGCUAGGGAAACAGUCAUCUUAG